AAAAUCGCGUAGGUAUAGGAUACCUCAGGUGGGCAGUUAAUGGGAUUCCUAACAUGCAGAAUAUCAGGUUUGGAAGUUCAAACACGUGUAGCAUAUAUUGCAAGCUUAUAAUGAAGGAGUACGCAGACGGAGGAGUCAUCUUCCAACCAUGCUUUCAUUCAAUCUAUCCGUUUCCCCAUCAGUAGUUAGAUAUUGAAUGAGUGCUGUUCAUACAGAGACUACCUAGUCCAAGACUCAGUGUAGAGGAAGGGCAUGACUGAAUGGGAGCAUCUUGAGGAUAAUGUAAACUAUGCGAUGGGAUCUACCUGUAUUCUAUUCACUGUCGUAAGGACAAGACACGACAUUCUUAGAAAUUUCCUAUAUAUAAAUAAAUAUUUUACCCUUCAUCUUUGCCCCCUUUUUUUAUCCAGACAUCUCAUCGUCAACUCUUCUGUUAAUACCAGUCCUCGAUACUUUAGGUAUCAACAGCAGACAAUAUGGGGUCUCGUCCUACCAACAAGCUAUUUACGCCCACUAUAUUGGCCCUGGAACCCAAACGGGGGAACGCUAUACCUAACCACGAUGGAACAAAGGUUCUCUAUUAUGAAUCUACGCCUACAAUCGGCGAGGGCGCAACCAAACGCUGGAAAGUUAUGGAUAUCGCGACCGGAGAAUCGACCGUAGCCAUCGAGAGCAACGAUGCAUACGAGGCGGCUUGGUUGUCAGAUGAGCCCGGUAAGAUCAUAUCCCUGCAAAAGGACGUGGAUUACCCAGAUUAUACCGACGUCAUGAUAUACGAUAUUCAUAAACGUAUGAAAUGGCACCGCGCCGCCCGUAUAUUUUCGUGGGUGCAUGGCCUCAAAGUGAAGCGCCUCAAAGAAGGCCGCAUCGCAUUUGUGGUUUUUGGCCGCGUAGGUAUAAAUGGCGAGCUGCGAAAUGAGAAUGAGUAUCAGAGACCACCCCAUACAGGCCUAGUAUAUGAUACCGGCGAAGUCCUUAACCCGGGUUCAUUUAUCCAGCCUGACUACAGGUCCGCAAUAUUUUACUCCAUCUUGGUGGAAAAGCGUACGUCGGGAGGUGUUUCGUGGCAGUUAGCCGGUCAGCUGCACAACGCUCUUGCAAAUACGGGCCUUGCCCCACAGGAAUUCGAUAUAUCUCAGAAUGGAAUCGUAUUUGCGGCCCAGGACCUCAUUCUGGAGCCCAAGCCCAUUCGGCGUCGUAGUCACGCUUACAUCCUUCAGCUUGAUUCCUUCGCUAGAGCUAGUACUCAAGGGCCUAGGAAAAUAAUAUUACCAGAUAACCCCCCAGACGACGGUCCGUAUGAAAGCCGUUUUCAUGGUAGAGACCCCCAUUUUAGUCCCGACGGCUCUGAGGUCGCAUUCGGAGAAGGUUAUAGCAUCUAUCUCUACCAUCUUGGCACACGCAAGACUGUCAACGUACUUGAUACGUUUGCGGACAAAACAUUGCCAUGGACAGCUGGCCUUAUGCGGUUCGCCCGAAGUGGUAACGCGGUAUACCUCACUGCUGAAAACCACGGAAGGGUUAGUAUAUACAAGAUUGACCUGCGGUCACGUACAGAACCUGAGCUGCUUUUCCGUGGUGGGAGCGUAACGUCGUGUUACCCUCUUGGUGAAGAUGACGCGAGCGUCCUUAUAACCAGCUCUAGCCUUGUAGACGGGUCGCUCUACAACAUCGUCAAUGCUGACGGAAGCCAGGAGUCUAAAGUGCUUUCAUCACUCACGAACCAUGGCGCUCGGCUUGGCAUUUCUUCGAGCCAGAUCUCAGAGAUAUACUUCAAAGGCGCAGGUGAUGAUUAUGUUCACGCAUGGAUGGUGAAGCCUAGCCAUUUUGAAGAAGGCCGAAGAUACCCUGUGAUGAUUUGUGUGCACGGAGGUCCGAUGUGCUCCUGGCAAGAUGAAUGGGAUGCAUGCUCUCCAUUCCUUCUAUAUGCUGAACAAGGCUAUAUCAUUGUGGCUCCGAACAUAACGGGAAGUACUGGCUUCGGAUUAAAAUUUAGAAAUGCAAUUCGAGAGAGCUACGGCGGUCGUCCUUAUGAAGAUCUAGUAAAAUGCAUGGAUUAUCUCGAGAACGACCCCAACAUUGAUAUCAACAAGGCAGUCAUGAUAGGCAUAAGCUAUGGAGGAUACAUGGUAAAUUGGGUGCAGGGGCAUGGACUCGGCCGACGCUUUAAGGCUAUGGUUUCCACUGCUAGCAUCUUCGACCUACCAAUCAACUUCCUGCAAUCGGACACAAAGACAAGCUUAGUCGAAAGAAACUACUUCAGCGGCUCGGAAAUUCUGUGGGAGAACUAUGAGAUGCUACAACGGUUCAAUCCGGCACGUCCGGACCUCCUCCCCAACUGGAAAACCCCUAUGCUCAUCACCCACGGCGGCGCAGACUGGCGAACGCCAACUCCCAACGCCAUAGCCGCAUUCCGCACGCUGCAGAACCUGGGAACGCCGUCCAGGCUCAUUAUAUACCCCAACGAAGGCCACGCGAAAGUAAAAGCUGGCGAUAUCCUCCAGUACCAAAGCGAGGUUAUCUCUUGGUUUAAUAAGUAUACCGGCAAUGCGGAGGAGGAAGUGGCACGAUGGGAAGACGAGCUGGUUGACAGCCUUGGUGAGGAUGGCUACCUUAACCCGGACUGGGGACAGCAUAAGCAUUAUCUACCUUAUGACAAUUGGCUCUUUAGAGCUUUUCCCGGUGAUGACGAUGGGGAUGAUGAAGCGAAUUAGUUCCACAUUAGGAUCGCGGCAACUGAGAUACACACCUCUUUUGACCGUCAAUAUAUUUUUAAUACCUGAAGACAAACACCCAGUGUCUGUUUAUUCACGCUUAGUUUGUAUGUAUACAUCUACCUAAAUGACAUACUUCAUACGCUGAAUGCUCUACAAUGGUGCUUCACAACGCCCCAAAUAUCUAUUAUUACCAAACCAGAUAGCAAUAUAUACCAUGUAGAUAGAUAAACUCCAGAUCCUCCCACCAGGCGCACUGCAUUACUGAGCGAACCCCAAGAUGGUUGUCGCGAAAAGUGCCU